AUGCUAAAACAGCAAAGCGCUUCUUUCUCUAUUUCUUCCCUUCCAGAACGCCAGUACUGGGGCUCAGACCUGCAACUUCCUGAAAUACCUUUUGAAGAAAUCAUGCACGAUGAUGAAAGUGCAUGCAAGUGGCUGUGCACCCUAAAGAAAGUAGGAAUCGUGCUACUAACAGGAGCUGCUCCUAAGCAGGGAGAGUUGUUUAAACUUGGCCACAGGAUUGGGUUCCUGCGUCUCACUUUUUAUGGACCAACUUGGCAAGUGCAAGACAAAGCAGAUGCUAACAAUGUGGCUUAUACAACCGGGAAACUAUGUUUUCACACUGAUUACCCUGUUCUGCAGCAUCCACCUGGGGUUCAGUUUCUCCAUUGUAUAAAGCAAACAGCUGCAGGAGGUGACAGUGAAGUUGUGGAUGGAUUUCAUGUAGCCAACAAGCUGAAGAAACAAAAUCCGCAAGCGUAUCAGAUCCUGUCCUCUACUGCUGUAGACUAUACAGACGUCGGGGUGGACUACUGUGAUUUUGCUGUGCAAUGUAAACAAAGGAUUAUAGACGUGGAUUCCAGAGGCCAAGCAGUUCGCAUCAAUUACAAUAAUGCAACAAGAGACACAGUGUUUGACAUACCAGCUGAAGAAGUGAGGCCGUUUUAUGCAGCUUUAAAGGAAUUUGAUAAUUUAUUAAACAGUGCAGAACACAAGUUUACUUACAAGCUGAAACCAGGAGACAUAGUGACGUUUGAUAACUGGCGCGUGCUUCAUGGUCGCCAAAGCUACCCGUCGGGAUCAGAAGUCACUCGUCACCUGGAAGGUGCCUAUCUGGAAGCCAUGUGCCAGCCUUGCCUCCUCCCAGCCAGUGGCCACAGCGAGCUGCGUCUGCUUGCCAUCCCUGCCAUCACGUACGAGAUGGAGGGUGCUCAGCUGGGAAGCGCAGUGGCCAAGGGGAAGCCAAGGUUCAGGGGAAUUUAUCUCCAUCAGAUGAGUUAUUCCACUUAUGGCUGUAUCACUGGGGAAGGGAUCACAGGUGUCAUUCUGGUACCCUCUGCAGAGCCUCAGAGCGGAAUGCCGCAGGAGAGAGGGGCUGUGCAGGCAGCUGUCCAGGUGCAUGGGCAGGAUCCUGCCCGCUGCGGGCAAGUGAGUACCCCGGCAUCGGCCACCAUCACAAGGACAGGCUGA